AUGUCGCCGAGUCGUGAUUCCGAAAUAGAUCCUCAUGCAAGAUACGACACACCUCCCAUGGCAUCACAACAACCACACUCAAUCUCGAGGCCUCCAUCAGGUCUUUCCGGUGCAGGCGGAGACAGGCACUACGGCGACAACGCAUCUCGAGGCGGUAGCAGCGCAGAUCAACAGAACGGCAGAAACCACGUCGUCAUCAAGGUCGGCAUGGUCGGCGAUGCGCAAAUCGGCAAGACGUCUCUGAUGGUCAAAUAUGUCGAGGGCAGUUGGGACGAGGAUUAUAUUCAAACCCUGGGUGUCAACUUCAUGGAGAAGACCAUCAGCAUUCGGAAUACGGAGAUCACUUUCAGCAUUUGGGAUUUGGGUGGUCAGAGAGAAUUUGUCAACAUGCUACCGUUGGUUUGCAACGAUGCCGUUGCCAUCCUCUUCAUGUUCGAUCUUACGCGGAAGAGCACAUUGAACAGCAUCAAGGAGUGGUACAGGCAGGGACGAGGAUUCAACAAGACAGCCAUUCCCAUAUUGGUUGGAACCAAGUACGAUCACUUCGUCAACUUCCCCAGGGAAGACCAAGAAGAAAUCUCGAAUCAGGCCCGCCGCUUCGCAAAGGCAAUGCGAGCUGCUCUCAUCUUCAGUAGCACAAGCCACAGUAUCAACGUCCAGAAGAUUUUUAAGAUCGUUUUAUCCAAAGCAUUUGAUCUCAAGUGCACCAUCCCCGAAAUUGAGAACGUGGGCGAGCCUCUUUUGCUGUACCAGCAAUGUUGA